AUGGCUGCAGUCAUAAGGUUCUUCCGAAGGGUUUGGCAAAAGUUUACUUACUGGGUUUUGUUUUGCCAACACAAAACUAAGUCAACCAUCUUGGAACACCCUGACUGCAAGAAAAAGGUGGAGAAGGCUCUCAAUAUGAUUGAGAAUUUCAAGUUGGUUGAGCCUCCUAAAGAGGCUAAGGUCUCCAAGAAGGAAGUGUUCCCCAAGGUGGCUGAUCCCUGCGCAUUGGCCGAGACAACAGAUGGAGCUAAGGUGGAGCUGGACCAUGGGGGCCGGUCCCUGUUGCAGCUGCCCCGGACGGCUGUCAAGUCUGUCUCCACGCUCAUGGUCUCGGCCCUCCAGUCGGGCUGGCAAAUGUGCAGCUGGAAGUCAUCUGUGAGUUCUACCUCAGUUCCCUCCGAAAUGAGGACCGGGUCCUCUUUGCAGUCACCGGAAGCUGAGAUGCUGCGGGAAGUGUAUCUGGUGCUGUGGGCCAUUCGGAAACAACUGCGGCAGCUGGCCCGCAGGCAAGAGAGGCGCAGGAGGCGCCACAUGUGGGCCCACACUUGCCCCCAGCCUGACCCAGUUCAGGGCCUGAAACAGGAUGCCCGGAGUCCCCUCUAGGGGGGAACUCCACAUCCUCAGAAAGCCCCCACCUUACACUUAGGUAAGGUUGAUAGGAGAGGUUAGGGCAGCAGGCCAGGAGUUGUGGGUAAGGAGACAUUUUCACACUGUCAUCUCUCAUCAGGAGCCCAGGGCCAGGCCUGGUGUCCCACUUCUCCCCAUCAUUUCUUUUAUUCAAUUUGUAAAAAAAUUAUCAAAAUGUUGGGAAAAAUAUAUCAGAUAUUUCUGAGUAGGUGUAGUGUG